GUUGUAUGAAUCUGGAUUUGGGAUGUUUGUCCGAGACCUCCAGUGCCGAUGAGUUCCAUCUGUCAUUGAUUGCUUGUAUCACGGCAAACCCAUCCCUCAGAGCAUUCUUUAUGGCCGUCCUUAGAGCAUUCUCCAUGGAUGACAACUUCUCCUCCAAAUUUGCAAAAUCAGCAUCAUGUCUUCUCUGGGUUAUAGGAUUGACAGAGGAGUGAACAAUUGAAUUUGGGAACUUCUAUGAAAUUGUUACAGUCAAAUUGUUACAAUCAAAUUGUUACAGUCAAAUUCGGAAUUAAAGGGAAAGAAUCUAGAAUCAAAGGAAGAAUCAAGAAGAAGAACGAUAAAGAAGCAGAAUUCAGAGAAGAAACAGAGUCGAGAGAGGAAAAGGAGGGAAACCACUUUCAGUAUACUUCAUCAGAUGCCCAUUUUAUAGACUCACAAACCAGUAAAAUACCCUCAGUUACAAUUUUGUAUGUAACAAAGAGGAAGUGAACAUAAUUGGCAAGGUCCAUCAGCACCCUUGCUGCAUCAAAUUCAACGGCCCUUGUUCUGUCUCUCACUAUGUCAAACCCAGAGCCACAGGCAAGCUUUCUACUUGCAUAUGCAUGGACGGAAGUGGAUGGGUUAAGAGUUGAACAAGCUUACUUCAGGGGAAGAAAGCUGCAAGGAAGUACCAUUUGUCUUCCGCAUGGCUAUUCGGGAUUUGUUCUAGGAAAGAAGAGCUUGGGCAAGAAAAGAGCUCGCGUUACUUCUGAAGGGAACCCAAACUGUUGGGAGACGGGAGGAAAUUUGAUAAAUUAGCAUAUUGGAAUGAUGAAAGCAUUCCUUCUAAGGAUGAUGCUUUUUUACGAUGAUUCCAUUGAUUUGCAGUAGCAGAAGCACUGCACAAGCCAGUAAAAGCUGAAGAUUUGACCAAUACUUCUGUUGCUUCUGGGAAUAGUUGAUGAAGUCAUGGAAAGAUGCAAAGAGCUUGUUGUUGUUGUUAGGUACUUAUAGUUUUUUGUACGUGCUGCUGCUGUGUAGACAGAUUGAGAAAUUGGAUGUGUGCGUGCGUGUGUUUAUAUUUUUCAGUUUGCAUGUUUUCAUACUUCAGUGCUUUAAGCUUUCAGGUUAGGUCAAGAAUAUCUGUGUGUGGACACACAUGAAGAAAGUUUCUAGAUGUGUUUGCUUAAAACAUCAAGUUUUGAUGGCUUAUGGUGGAACUUCUGACAUUAAAAUGAUUUCCCAGUUUAUAUAGGAUUCUAAGCUCAUCUUGGUUCUUAAUCUUCAAUUGUCAUAGUU